AUGCUCCGUAAGAGAUCGGACAGCGUUCCGCCAUCUGGGCGGACGGACUGGGGUCGGAAAAGGAAGAGGGCCGGAGAUAUUGUCAGGCAGCAAAGCAAACAGGCCAAGGAGAAUGGAGUGCGGGAGGCAGCGUGCGGGGGAAAAGCGGCGGAACGGCGGAAUUCAAGUGGGCGGAGCCGCAGCAAUAUUGGGGAAGAGCGUUCGUCGACCGAGCUGUGUGGCACCUCCAACUGGGGAAUGGACGCAGAGAGGGGCAGCGCGGAGAGCGGAGAGGAAGCGGAAACGGAACCGGCAGAGGAAGACCCGACAUGGGGCGAUCCGCUUUUGGGCGCGGCGGACGUAGAAGGGAAGAAAGAUCAGGAGGCGGAAGCAGCGAACGGAAGAGCGGAAGAGGAGCGGAAGAGGGCUGGAGAAAAGGAUAUGAAGUUAGCAGAGGCAGAUAUGAGGGCCGCCGGGUCUGAUAAGAGGGCGAAAGAGGCGGAUAAGAGGGCGGAUGAAGCGGAUGAGAGAGCGAAAAAGGCCAAGGCCGCCAGUGCGCGAGCGGAAGAAGCCAACGCGCGUGCGGAGAAGGCAGACGCGCGCGCAGAAGAUGCCAGCGCGCGGGCGGAAGCAGCCAUCGCGAGAGCGGAAAUUGCCAGCGCACGAGCGGAAGAUGCACACGCGCGAGCGGAAGAGGCGAUUGACAGAGCGAAGACAGCGGAUGCGCGAGCAGCCGACGCAGAACGCGCGUUCGCGGCGCAAGCGACCCGCAUGAGGAGGGCAGACGAGCUCACACGAGAGCUGGCAGACAUAGCCCGCUCGACAGAAAAGGAAAAGCAUUCGGACAAGGAGAGCCGCGGAAAGGAAGACCUGCCCCUGCAGCGCGCGCAUGACGGUGAGCGCAGCAAGGGGAGGCCUUCUGAGAACAAAGACAAAAAAGCAAAGAACGAGGGAAAGAAACUGGACACAGACUGGGAGAACUUCUGGAAUAAGGGAAACAGUCGCUAG